AUGGACGAGCUCUCAGAGUAUGAGCUGCAACGACUGGAGCACAUCCGUCGUAACCACGAGAUGCUCGUGCGGCUCGGCCUCGUCGACCCGACACCGGCCGCGCCGCAGCAGAAGGCGCCAAGGAAGCCCCGGACCAAGCUUCCGCCGGUGCCGCCCGAGUCGCUGCGCCGCUCGUCCCGCGUGCGCGACCUCAAGCCCGAGUACACCAAGGAGACCAUCGACCAGUUCGGCGACGAUCUCGACCGGCAGGCGGCGAGGCGCUCGCCGGCGAAAAAGCGGCCUCGGCCAGAGGAGGAGGACGCGGACGAGGCGGCGCUGCGUCGGGAGAUCGACGCGAGCACGGUCGCCUUCCUCACUGAGGCGCGCGAGGCCAUGUCCCGCUACCUCACCUCUGCCGACGGCGCCGCCCCCGCCACCGCCGACGCCUGGCGCGAGGAGGCGCCUCCCUACAAGUUUGCUCGCGUGCCGCCGCCGGCGUCCGCGCUGUGA